AUGGCCAAGCAAAAAAUGGCAUCGUUCGUCUUGGCUAUUGUCUUAAUCCUUGGUGCGAAUAUCUCAUUCUCUGCUGCUUCAUUUCCUACUUUGUUGACUCGUAAUUUCUGGCAGAAUUCUAGACCAACGAAACUGAUUGGGUGGCCACCGGGGGAUGACCCUGAAGAUAUUUCCCCGUCUCCAUCACCCCAACCGGCUCCUACUCCUCCACCCUUUUCUGAUGAUGGAAUUAAAGGUGGCUAUUGGCCUUCAUGGCUAGCUUAUAGUUUCCCUCCCUCCUCAAUCCCUACCUUGUACUUCACACAUGUGUUUUAUGCCUUUGUUGGCAUUGAUGCCUCUACUUACAACUUGUCCAUUACUCAACCUGAUGAUGAAUGGAUGGGAAACUUUACAGCUACCCUUCAUGCCAAAAAGCCCCCAGCAAAAGCCCUGUUAUCCAUAGGAGGAGCGAAUUCAGGCCCUGGUGCUUUCUCCGGCAUGGCUAGUGACCCUGAUAAUCGUGCUGCCUUUAUCAAAUCUACUAUUGCUACAGCCAGAAAAUAUGGUUUUGAUGGCCUUGACAUUGAUUGGGAAUUUCCUAGUAAUCCAGAUGACAUGUCAAACCUCUCAGUGCUGUUUAAAGAGUGGCGUCAGGCUGUUAAGAGUGAGGCUUCAGACUCGGGCAAGCCCCGCCUUCUUUUAAGCGCUGCUGUUUAUUUUGCUUCCAGCUUUUUAUUUGAUCUGCCUAGGACAUACCCUGGUGAUGCCAUUGCAAAAUAUGUUGAUUUUGUGAAUCCUAUGUGCUUUGAUUAUCAUGGAAGUUGGGACACUUCCGUCACCGGUGAACAUGCUUUGCUGUACGACAAAUCCAGCAAUAUUAGCACAAGCUAUGGUAUAUCAUCCUGGAUUGAGAUUGGGGUCCCUCCAAAGAAGCUGGUUAUGGGCAUGCCACUUUAUGGAAGAACAUGGGAAUUGGAGGACCCAAAAAAACAUAACAUUGGAGAUCCGGCUACUGGGGUUGGGCCUGGAGAUAAUGGCAUACUGUUGUACAAGGACAUUGUAACCUACAAUGCUGACCAUCAUGCUUAUGUUGUGUAUGACGGGGACACCGUAUCAGAAUAUUCAUAUUCAGGAACCGAUUGGAUUGGUUAUGAUGGGCCAACAUCAGUUGCAAAGAAGGUUGAGUAUGCUAAAGCUCAUAACCUUGGUGGUUAUUUCUUCUGGGCCCUUGGAUAUGACAUGAACUGGACUCUUUCAGCAACAGCAUCAAAUGCAUGGGAAGGAAUAUACUAGCAGCUUGUGAAGUCAGAAUUCGG